CCUCCCUUUUUUCCCCUCCCUUCCCCACGGUUCUUUUCCUCCUUUUUCCAUAACAAACCAUGCCUCUGGAAUAACCCCCGGCCGGAUCCAUGCCUCUGUCCCCAGAGUGAUGAGCCAGAGCAGCAGCAGCCAUGCUGGGCUUCGGGACGUGCUCCGUGGGCGCCCCGGCGAGGGCGGCUGAGCUGGACGCCGCCUCGUCCCGCUGCAUCCUGGCCCUGCCCGAGGAGGAGACGUGGCGCCAACACCGCCUGGGCCUGAUGCAGAACACCCAUUCCUGCAACCUGCUGGAGCCCCAGAGCCUGGCCCAGGCCCUGGUGUCCCGCGCCGCCUCCUUCGACGCGCUCUACGAUGGCCGCUGCCGCGACGGCGAGGCGCAGGCCGGCGCCCUGCAGCUGGGGCUGGGCCAGCUGGUGCCCGUCAGCCCCGACCUGAUCAAGCGCCGCCGGGGAGGGCUCAUCGAGCAGAGGGACAUCAUCAAGGCACACGAAGCACACAAGAUGCAGAGCACGCCCCAGGCACGGAGGAAGGAGUGGGAGAUGGCUCGCUUUGGGGAGGCAGUGGCCGGCAGGCUGGGCUCCGGAGAUGGGGGCUCCGACCAGAACCGGAGCCGGCAAGGAGCUCCUGCCCCUGCGGGAGGCAGCCCGGGAGCCUUCAAGCAAACCAAAGCGCAGAGAGCCCGGACUAUGGCUCUGUACAACCCCAUCCCCGUCCGGCAGAACUGCUUCACCGUCAACAGAUCGCUCUUCCUCUUCGGGGAAGAGAACAUAGUCAGGAAAUACGCCAAGAAGCUCAUCGACUGGCCUCCCUUUGAGUACAUGAUCCUGGCGACCAUCAUUGCCAACUGCAUCGUGCUGGCCCUGGAGCAGCACCUCCCCGAGGAUGACAAGACGCCCAUGUCACGGAGAUUAGAGAAGACAGAGCCCUAUUUCAUUGGGAUUUUCUGCUUCGAGGCUGGGAUUAAGAUCGUAGCCCUGGGGUUCGUUUUCCACAAGGGCUCAUACCUGCGCAACGGCUGGAACGUCAUGGACUUCAUCGUGGUCCUCAGCGGCAUCCUCGCCACGGCCGGGACACACUUCAACACCCACGUGGACCUGCGGACGCUGCGCGCCGUGCGCGUGCUCAGGCCCCUGAAGCUCGUCUCGGGCAUUCCCAGCUUGCAGAUUGUCCUGAAAUCCAUCAUGAAGGCCAUGGUGCCUCUCCUGCAGAUCGGCCUGCUGCUCUUUUUUGCUAUCCUCAUGUUUGCCAUCAUCGGCCUGGAGUUCUACAGCGGGAAGCUGCACCGAGCCUGCUACACAAACAAUUCAGGUGAACUGGAGGAGCUGGACCCUCCCCAUCCCUGCGGGGUGCAGGGUUGCCCCCCGGGCUACGAGUGCCGGGAGUGGAUCGGUCCCAACGACGGGAUCACGCAGUUCGACAACAUCCUCUUUGCUGUGCUGACCGUCUUCCAGUGCAUCACCAUGGAAGGGUGGACCACAGUCCUGUACAACACCAAUGAUGCCUUAGGAGCCACCUGGAACUGGCUGUACUUCAUCCCCCUCAUCAUCAUUGGAUCCUUCUUCGUCCUCAACCUUGUCCUGGGAGUGCUGUCAGGGGAGUUUGCCAAAGAGAGAGAGCGCGUGGAGAACCGCCGAGCCUUCAUGAAGCUGCGGCGCCAGCAGCAGAUCGAGCGGGAGCUCAACGGCUACCGGGCGUGGAUAGACAAAGCGGAGGAAGUCAUGCUGGCCGAAGAGAACAAAAAUUCGGGGACCUCAGCCUUAGACGUGCUCAGGCGAGCCACCAUCAAGCGGAACCGCACGGAUGCCAUGUCGGGUGACGAGCACUGUGUGGACAUCGCCUCCGUGGGCGAGCGGAGGCUGGCGCAGAGGAGACGUCUUAAUCCAACCUUGGGUAACCCCUCGAGUCAAUCUGGCCUCAAAGGUGCCAGGGUGGACGGUGCCUCCUACUUGCGGCACAAGGAGCGGCUCCUGCGCAUCUCCGUCCGCCACAUGGUCAAAUCCCAGGUCUUCUACUGGAUCGUCCUGAGCCUGGUGGCUCUCAACACUGCCUGCGUGGCCAUCGUCCAUCACAACCAGCCAGCCUGGCUCACCCACUUCCUCUACUAUGCAGAGUUCCUGUUUCUUGGGCUCUUCCUUCUGGAGAUGUCCUUGAAGAUGUACGGGAUGGGGCCACGCCUUUACUUCCAUUCUUCCUUCAACUGCUUCGACUGUGGGGUCACAGUGGGAAGCAUCUUCGAAGUAGUUUGGGCUAUAUUCAGGCCAGGAACCUCUUUUGGGAUCAGUGUUCUACGAGCUCUUCGUCUACUGCGGAUAUUUAAAAUAACCAAGUACUGGGCAUCCCUGAGGAAUUUGGUAGUCUCGCUGAUGAGCUCCAUGAAAUCUAUCAUCAGUCUGCUCUUCCUCCUCUUCCUCUUCAUUGUAGUCUUUGCCCUGCUGGGAAUGCAGCUGUUUGGAGGCAGGUUUAACUUCAUGGAUGGGACUCCCUCGGCCAACUUUGACACCUUCCCUGCAGCCAUCAUGACGGUGUUUCAGAUCCUGACAGGCGAGGACUGGAACGAGGUGAUGUACAACGGCAUCCGCUCCCAGGGAGGUGUGCGCUCAGGGAUGUGGUCCUCCAUCUACUUCAUCGUCCUCACCUUGUUUGGGAACUAUACUCUGCUGAAUGUCUUCUUGGCCAUUGCCGUGGACAACCUGGCCAACGCUCAGGAGCUCACCAAGGACGAGCAGGAGGAAGAGGAGGCCUUUAACCAGAAGCAUGCCCUUCAGAAAGCCAAAGAAGUCAGCCCCAUGUCUGCCCCAAACAUGCCUGCUAUCGAGCGGGAGCGUCGCCGGCGGCACCACAUGUCGGUGUGGGAGCAGCGGACGAGCCAGCUGCGCCGGCACAUGCAGAUGUCCAGCCAGGAGGGCAUCAACAAGGACGAGCCGCCCCUCAUCAAUCCCCACGCCAGCAUCUUCCGCAGGAAGAGACCUGGGGAAGGUGUCACCCUGGAGAAAUGCGCUGAGGAGCAGGGCAAGGGUGAGCGCGAGGGACCCGAGCAGCCGGUCCCAGGGGCCAACCCCGGUGGUGGGGAGGACAGGACAUCGCCACGGGCCAAGCGAGACAUGUGGCAGCAGAAGUCUUGCCACGGGAACUGUGAGCCAGGAGAACAAGACGGGGCAGGAGGCAGCAUCGAGGACAGGGCGAGGAUGAGGCAGAGCCAGCGGCGCAGCCGGCACCGCAGAGCCCGCAUGGAGGGGAAGGACACGGCUGGCAUCUUGGGGAGCCGCUCGGCCAGCCAGGAGAUGGGGCUGGAGGAGGCCAGCACUGCCGAGGGGGCACAGGACGGGGACCGGCGUGGGGACAUGGCUGCAGCAGAGGCCCUGAUUCCGGGGGAGCCAGAGGCGAGCGGGGAGUCCAUCAGGACAAACGGGGUCCCUGCUGGCGAUGCCGAUCUGCUUGGGACUGCCAAGAAGGGGAGCCCCCCACACGCCGCACCCGAGCUCUCCCAGGGCAAGACGGGCACCCUGACGGAGCAGGACUGCAGCAGCCCGGACACGAGCGAGCAGGCGCUGCUGGAGCCCAGGCGCAGCGUGAGCCGCAGCGAGCCCGACCUCUCCUCCAUCACCCCCAACACCGAGAAGGCCACCGAGAGCACUGCCAUCAUGAUCGAUGUCCACGACUCCGCUGUGGUACAGAUUAGCAACAAGACAGACGGUGAAGCCAGCCCCUUAAAGGAGGCCGAGACCAAAGAGGAUGAGGAAGAAAUGGAGAAGAAGAAGCGGAAGAAGGAAAAGAGCGAGACGGGCAAAGCCAUGGUGCCGCACAGCUCCAUGUUCAUCUUCAGCACCACCAACCCGGUGAGGAGGGCCUGCCACUACAUCGUGAACCUGCGCUACUUCGAGAUGUGCAUCCUCCUGGUGAUCGCUGCCAGCAGCAUCGCCCUCGCCGCCGAGGAUCCCGUCCUCACCAACUCCGACCGCAACAAAGUGCUGAGGUAUUUCGACUAUGUCUUCACUGGUGUCUUCACCUUCGAGAUGGUGAUCAAGAUGAUUGAUCAGGGCUUGAUCCUGCAGGAUGGCUCCUACUUCCGAGACCUGUGGAACAUCCUGGAUUUCAUCGUGGUGGUGGGAGCGCUGGUGGCUUUUGCCUUGGCGAAUGCUUUGGGGACCAACAAAGGCCGGGAUAUCAAGACUAUCAAGUCUCUCCGUGUGCUGCGGGUCUUGAGGCCCCUGAAAACCAUCAAGAGACUGCCCAAGCUGAAGGCUGUUUUUGACUGUGUCGUGACAUCUCUCAAGAAUGUCUUCAACAUCCUCAUUGUCUACAAGCUCUUCAUGUUCAUCUUCGCCGUCAUCGCCGUGCAGCUCUUCAAGGGGAAGUUCUUCUACUGCACCGACAGCUCCAAGGACACACAGAAGGACUGCAUAGGGAACUACGUGGACCACGAGAAGAACAAGAUGGAGGUGAAAUGCCGGGAGUGGAAGCGGCACGAGUUUCACUAUGACAAUAUCAUCUGGGCUCUGCUCACCCUGUUCACUGUGUCCACUGGUGAAGGGUGGCCCCAGGUGCUGCAGCACUCGGUGGAUGUGACGGAGGAGGACCGCGGGCCCAGCCGCAGCAACCGCAUGGAGAUGUCCAUUUUUUAUGUCGUCUACUUCGUGGUCUUCCCUUUCUUCUUCGUCAACAUUUUCGUGGCUCUCAUCAUCAUCACGUUCCAAGAGCAAGGAGACAAAAUGAUGGAGGAGUGCAGCCUGGAGAAGAACGAGAGGGCCUGCAUUGACUUUGCCAUCAGCGCCAAGCCCCUGACGCGGUACAUGCCCCAGAACAGACACACCUUCCAGUACCGCGUGUGGCACUUCGUGGUGUCCCCGUCCUUCGAGUACACCAUCAUGGCCAUGAUUGCGCUCAACACCGUGGUGCUCAUGAUGAAGUACUAUUCUGCUCCAUACACCUAUGAGCUGGCCCUCAAGUACCUGAACAUUGCCUUCACCAUGGUGUUCUCUUUGGAGUGCGUCCUCAAGAUCAUCGCUUUCGGCUUCCUGAAUUAUUUCCGGGACACCUGGAACAUCUUUGACUUCAUCACGGUCAUUGGCAGCAUUACGGAGAUCAUCCUGACGGACACCAAGGUGAAGCAGGGCUGGGAGCAGUGGGCUGUGGGGUGGUGGUGGGAGCUCCCACCUCCCUCUGAUCCUCUCAUCUCCUCCCAGCUGGUGAACACCAGCAGCUUCAACAUGAGUUUCCUGAAGCUUUUCCGGGCUGCUCGGCUCAUCAAGCUGCUCCGCCAGGGUUACACCAUCCGCAUCCUGCUCUGGACCUUUGUGCAGUCCUUCAAGGCACUCCCCUACGUCUGCCUGCUGAUUGCCAUGCUUUUCUUCAUCUAUGCCAUCAUUGGGAUGCAGGUUUUUGGCAAUAUCAAACUAGAUGAGGAAAGCCACAUUAACCGGCACAACAACUUCCGCAGCUUCCUGGGCUCCCUCAUGCUCCUCUUCAGGAGUGCCACCGGAGAGGCGUGGCAGGAGAUCAUGCUGUCCUGCCUGGAGGGCAAAGGCUGCGAGCCGGACACGACGGCCACGUCCGGGCAGAACGAGAACGAGCGCUGCGGCACUGACCUGGCCUAUGUUUACUUUGUGUCCUUCAUCUUCUUCUGCUCCUUCCUGAUGCUCAACCUGUUUGUGGCCGUCAUCAUGGACAACUUUGAAUACCUGACACGGGAUUCCUCCAUCCUGGGCCCUCACCAUCUGGAUGAGUUUGUCCGGAUCUGGGCAGAGUAUGACCGAGCAGCGUGCGGCAGGAUCUCGUAUAAGGAUAUGUACAAAUUAGUACGGGUGAUCUCGCCUCCUCUGGGCCUAGGAGAGAACUGCCCCUACAGGGUGGCGUGCAAGAGACUGGUGCUGAUGAACAUGCCCGUGGCCGAGGACAUGACAGUCCACUUCACCUCCACCCUCAUGGCCCUGAUCCGCACGGCCUUGGACAUCAAAAUUGCCAAAGGUGGUGCAGAUUGGCAGCAGUUGGACUCCGAGCUUCAAAAGGAGAUCCUGACCAUUUGGCCUCACCUGUCCCAGAAGAUGCUUGACCUGUUGGUACCCAUGCCAAAAACCUCUGACCUGACUGUUGGGAAAAUAUAUGCAGCCAUGAUGAUCAUGGAUUACUACAAGCAGAGCAAGGCGAAGAAGCAGCGGCAGCAGCUGGAGGAGCAGAAAAAUGCCCCAAUGUUCCAGCGCAUGGAGCCGUCCUCUCUGCCCCAGGAAAUCAUCUCCAACGCCAAGGCUCUGCCAUACCUCCAGCAGGACACCCUCUCGGGCCUGAGCAGCCGAGGUGGGUUCUCCUCGCUAAGCCCGCUCUCGCCACAGGAGAUCUUCCAGCUGGCGUGCAUGGAUCCGGCCCAGGAGCAGUUCCAGGAGCACCAGUCUCUGGAGCCAGAGGUUAGGGAGUUUCAAAGAGUGCAGCCCUCUAACCGUGGCAGCUACCUUCCCGUGGACACUCAGGACCACGCUGUCUCUGGGAGGGCCUCCUCCAUGCCUCGUCUCACUGUGGAUCCCCAGGUGGUGACAGACACCAGCUCCAUGCGGAGAUCGUUCUCCACCAUCCGGGACAAGCGGCCCAACAGCUCCUGGCUGGACGAGUUCUCCAUGGAGCGCAGCAGCGACAACACCUACAAGUCCCGCCGGCGCAGCUACCACUCCUCGCUCCAGCUGUCCGCCCGGCGCCUCAACGCUGACUCGGGCCACCGGUCCGAGGGGCACCGCUCGGGCAGGGAGCGAGGCCGGUCCAAAGAGCGCAAGCACCUGCUGUCCCCUGACAUCUCCCGCUGCAACUCCGAGGAGAGGAGUCCCCAGGCACAGGAGGAGUCGCCAGAGCGUCGGCGCGAGUCCCGGUCACCCAGCGAGGGCAGGUCACAGACACCCAGCAGGCAGGGCAUGGGCUCCCUGAGCGAAAGCUCCAUCCCCUCCAUCUCGGACACCAGCACGCCCCGGCGAGGCCGCCGCCAGCUGCCGCCGGUGCCCCCCAAGCCGCGUCCCCUCCUGUCCUACGCCUCCAUGCUGCGACACGCCGGGGACACCUCUCCUCCCGCUGACGAGAGCGAGGGUGGCUCGCCACUUCUCUCCUCCAGCCUGGAUCCCAGCACGGCCGGCCCGGCCGAGUCUUCCAGCUCCCCGGUGGCGGGGAAGCAGAGCCGGCAGUCCACGCCGCAGCGCUACAUCUCGGAGCCCUACCUGGCGCUGCACGACGACUCGCACGCCUCAGACUGCGGUGAGGAGGAGACGCUCACCUUCGAGGCGGCCGUGGCCACCAGCCUGGGCCGCUCCAACACCAUCGGCUCAGCGCCACCGCUGCGGCACAGCUGGCAGAUGCCCAACGGGCACUACCGGCGGCGGCGGCGAGGCGCGGCGCAAGGUGUGAUGUGCGGGGCCAGCAUCGACGUGCUCAGCGACACCGAGGAAGAUGACAAGUGCUAGAAGUUGCCCCCCCCGCCUCUCAAACCCACCACCCGACCCCACCUCGGCUGCCCCAUCCCGCCCUGCCCUUCUCCAAUGCAUGCUCUUCGCCACGCCUGGGAAUGAAACUAAAAACCAAAACCAAAUGCAGGGGGAAAGAGAAACAAAACAAAACAAUAACAACCCCAAACAAACAAACAAACAAAGGAAAAAACCAACCCACCCCAAACCGACCGGAACGGAGGGGGAAGAAAAAGGAGAGGGAAAGAAAAAAAAAAAAAACAACCAACCAACGACAAAGAAAAGACACGUUGAAAAAACCAAGAAGUCUUUGUGCAAAAAAAAAAAAAUUAAAAUCUGUCGACUUUCAUUUAUUACUAUCACUUUUUUUUUCUGCACAGAGAAGCAUUUGAUGGGUGGCAGAGCAGCCCGGCCGGGUUGGUGUGCUGGGGGACAAGGGAGAGCCCCCCCAGCCACAGCCCUGCUCCCUGUCCCAGGAGGGAUCCCCGGGAAAGCUCAUCCCGAGGGCUUUUUGCUCCCUAUGGUUGGAGAGUCCCAGCAAAGGUACACAAGGGACCCCCUUUGCUUUGUCGCUUGGGCUUGUGCUGCUGUGGCUUUGAACUUCCCUCCCUGGGGGUCUCAUCCUGCCUGGAAAAGGGGCAAGAUGUGAUGUGGGGUGCAGGGGAUGAGGGGUUGGGGUGCACCCAGACAGACCAGAGCAGCUCUGGCUGCCAGAGGGGGCAAAACUGGUUUGUACUGGGGGUGGGGGGCUCAGUGCUGCCAAAUGUACCCUGCGUCCCGCCGACAUAUAUUUAUUUCUAUACGGAGAACUCUAGGUGUGCCUGUGUGUGUAUAUACGGGGUGUGUGUGUGUAUAUAUAUUUAUAUGCUGUAUAUAUAAAGAUAUACACAUACAUAGAUAUGUUUUAAUCACCUGACAAUGCUGUGGAGCUCCUUGGGGCUCCUGCUUGCCUGCACCCUGCUUUGGUGGGGGCAGGACCGAGCCUCCCCGGGGGGCUGCUGUACAGAGCACUGGGAAUGUCACCUUGCUCCCUCUGCCAGGUGUUUCCAGCGGUGGGAAUUGCAUUUUCUCUGAGAGAUGGCUGUGGAGAGGGCUCCUUGGGCAGCUCGGUGCCUGCAGGAGUGGGAUGCCCAAGGGAUGAGCACAGAGCUGUCCCCAGGAACACGGCUUGCUUGGCAUCAGCAGUGCCAAGGGGGUGAUUCCAAAUCUCUCUCUUAGAGGCCUCUUUGCUUGUUUUCCCAGGAAAAGGAGAUAUCUGUGUCUGCAGGGCAGUGAAGAUGUUGUGAAUGCAUGAUGUACCUUAAGAUCUGUCCUUUGGGCAGAGGCAUCUGGCUUUGGCACCGGCCCUGCCUCAGUUUCCCCUGCAGCCAUGGCCUGUGCCCUCUCCAGGGGCCUGGCACCCCUUUGGAGAAGGGCUGCCAUGGGGGGCUGGCUGUGCAAACCCCAUGGCCCCGGUGUGGGAGCAGGUGGGUGUCCAAGAGCUGGGGAAAGAGCUUUGUCCUGAGCAGGGUGGCUCAGCCCUCCUGCAAACACUGAAAAUGCAGUACAGGGCCACCUUCCAGUGCCAGUCAUUAAUUAAUCUGCUAAUUAUGUGCUGUCAGCUCUCAACGAUCUGUGCUGUGGGUGCAGUGCUGUGCCUGCCAGCCCAGGGAGGUGCUGCUGGUGGCCCGUGCUGAUGGGUGGCUCACCCUGGUGACUAGUGCUGUGUUUCUGCUAUGAGCUGUGUCUGUCGUCAGCCUGAGCGUGGUCCUGGGGAGCUGGAGGGUGCUCCAGCCUCCUGUGCCUUUGGAGCCUCAGGGAAGGGCUUGUUCUGUGGGCUGGGGGAUGCUCGGUGCUUUUGGAACGGCCGUGGUGGUCGUGAGUGGAGAUGGGACGUGGGGGUGGACAGGUAAGGGCAGCACAGCCCUCAACCUGCCCUUCCUCCUGCCCACGGCUUUGCUUUGCUGCAGGUUGUUGUGGUCUGGGUCUUUGGGGCUGUUGUCCAGCUGAGCAGCAGCCCUGGCCAGGCUUUGCUUUGGUCCUGGAUAGCUCAUGGCUUCUCCUGACGGAAAGCUGCACAAACUGCCCUGCUCCUGCAUGUGCAGAUCAUGCCCUGAUCGCUUUGUGAGCUCCCCCCAGGGAGCUCUGCUUUGUGAGAAGCAAAUCCCAGUGGCUGUGAAGAGGCUUUCCUGCUCCAGGGUUCGUGCAUGGACCAAACCCCCUCCUUGUCAUGGCCAAAGUGCGCUCCGUGCACCCUCACAGGCCCCAAAGCUCCUCCUGCCUCCCGCGGUCCCUGAUGGCGGGGGGCACCUCUGCCCUCCCUGCUGCUUCCCAAACAGACACUUCCACCUGCCCAGGCAUCCAAAAAUUCCACAGGCAGGCCUCUCCCAUGCCUUUGGCUCAGACCCUGCAUAUCCCCUCUCUGGGCUCUCGGGCACAAACCACGUCCCACGCAGCCGCAGGGAAGGUCGCUGGUGGUGGCGUGGUGGCUGGGGACACGGACAUCAACUGUUCCCUUCCAGCCAUCCGUGAGCAGUUCGUGGCUUCACCCUGAAGCUUCCGGAGCCUUGCUCCGGGUGGCGGAAUUUGGGAGAAGCCGGGUCUGGCAGGCAGCGUGGGACCGCGUGGGACUGCGUGGGAGCGGGGCCAGGGACACGGUGCCGCUGGGGGCCGGGGAAGGCGAUGCCAUAGCUGCUCUAAAUAUAGGUGUCGGUAUCGUCUCCUUCUAAAUGUGGAAAGGUGUCUGACAAUGCGCCGGGCUCUGAGUAAGAGCCCGCGGAGGGAGGGAGGAGGCGGCUUUUUGUGUCUGUGCCUGGCGGGUGGGAGGGAGGCAGCGAUGCUCUCCAAGCGGGGGCACGUUUCAUGCGGAUUUCGAGCUUUUUGGGCGCUCUUCUUUCCUCAGCCCCGGCAUGGGGCCGGCCAGCGGUGUUGGUGAUGCUCCGCAGCGGUGGCACAGGAUGGGCACAGCCCCCAGGGCGCAGUGUCCAAACCUGAGCUUCUUCUUGGCAUGUCAGCCCUGUGUUUAACCAACCUACAGAAACUGUGUGGGACAAAACACAGCCCCUUUUUACCCAGAAAGGGUCCGAAAACGCUCUGCUUCUGCCUCUCCUGCAGCAGCCACAGCGCUACUCCCGCGGCGGGGGGACAGGCAGGGACCUGCGGGGACACGGUGGCACCUCCACAGCGCGUCUCUGAAACCAAAAACAACCCCCAGGAGAACCACGGGCAGGACUGUGCCGAGGUGGGGAGGCAAACCAGCCCCAAGGCACCGCUGCAGCCUGUGCCUUGCUUUUCAAGGCGCUGGACUCGGCUUUGCUGCUGUACGAUCUCUCCUCUGUGGAGUUUUGGACAUUUCCACAGCAUCUCGGACACCAGGACCGUGCCACUCGGUGGCUGCUGGCCAUGCUGGGCCACGGGAGGCAGGAUGGGGAGGGGGAGAUGUAUUUCAACCUCUGCCUGCAUAGGCCAUGCCCUGGGCGGGCAGGAGUUCACUGGAGGCAUGCAACUGGUUCCCAGUUGGGCGCCGGGACUGGGUUCGAAGCCCUGCAGAUCUCCUGGGGGGGCUGUGGUGGCUGUGCGAGGAGGUGUGGCAGCCCUGGCACAUGGAGCCCCGCUGUCCCCUCCAGGCUGGCUGUCCCAGCACCAUCCUCCUGCCCCUUCAGGAGGCCUUGGAUGGCAGAGCCCCCCAAGCGUGGGGCUGGUGUCUCCUGGGGCCGUGGGAGGGUGGGUGGGAGAUGCUCUGCCUUCAUCCCCCAGGCUCUGGGGUGGGAUGUUGUAACAUAACCUGCUCGUUUGGACCCAAACGGGGAACCGAGCUGACCACCAACAAUGUACAACUCCUCAAUGUUUUUUGUCAAAGGGAAAGAAAAAUAAAACAUUGUUGUAAAGAAA